AUGAACAACAUCUGGCGUCGCUUCCGUCGUCUGAUUGGCGAUGGAGGCGACGGUUUGGUUGAUAAUCAACCAGAUUACGAGGCCAAUCGACCAGCCUCACAGUCCUCAGGAAACACAUUAGAGCCUCCAAAGCUGAGUAUUACAAGAUCGAGGGAGACAAGUUCAUUGAAAGCUCCAAAACGGAAACCGAGACCAGUGCAUAGAUCUGCUACGGACACGCAGAAGGCCGAUGAUGGGCAUUGGGAAUCAAAUUCGGAAGAAGAAAGCUCCACGGCCAGAUUAUCGAGACGAUCUUCAGUUCUCGUAAGUUUAAUUUUAGUCAUGAUCAUGGAUGUUCUCAUAAUUUUAUUAAUCAAAUCAUCCACUGCAGGUGGAUAUUAUGACCUUGUUCCGUCGAUCUUCCAGUUUUGGUCCCAAGAAACGAUCCAAAUACGAAGAAGAGUAAGUGAUUUGUCAAGAUACUUUCCUCUUCUUCCACUUUCCGUACACUUAAAUUGCCACUUGACUAAUAAUCCAUAACUUUUUUUUGCCUCAUCCCAUUUGCCCAUUAUAAUAUUAUUUCGCUGCUAUGAUCUCCGACGUCUUGAGUCGGACCAAAUAAUAUUUUAUUGUUAUCAAAGGGGGAGUCUCUUCGAAUUGGUUGCGGCUUCUGCUGGCUUGAUCUCGUCUCCCUUCCAGCCAGGUGUUUUAUGAAGAUUCAAAGGGGCCCUAAGGGCAGUUAUUUGUAAGAAAAAGCUCAGUCUUUGUGUUGAAAAAUGGCCGACAAAUGACAUUUCAUGUUAUUUUCACUCUUUGCAAUCACAAAUUAACCGUAAAUACAAUUAGAACUUACGGUUUCAGUGACUCAGAUAUCAGUGAUGAGGAUGAGGAAAAUAAUGAAAAGCCUUCAAAGGAAAGGAUCAUGCAAAUGAUACGACAGAAAAAGGAGAUCAUCGAGAAAUUGAGAUGCCAACAAUGGAAUAUGAAAAGAAAAAGAAGGACUUUAAAGUAAUCGAGAGAUCAAUCUAUAAUAUCUUUAUAGAGUAACAAAAAGAUAUAUUUCCAAAAAAGAAGCCGAGGUCGAAAAAUGGCAUUUAUACAGAGUCGGGGCAACUAAGAAGCUCACUCAGUUCAUGAGAUGGUUCAGCAACGUGAAGAUAUACUUCAUUCCAUGGGAAUCUAAGAUUCGGCGGAUUGAGAGUAAGACUAAGUACAUUCAGUGUAAAUGAAACUUAUCUUCAGGUCAUUUCGGAACCGUCGUAUCUUCGUUUUUCGUAUUUCUACGAUGGCUGGUCUAUGUAAAUCUAAUUCUGAUUUCGAUUAUUUGUUUCUUCGUUGUUAUUCCCGAGGUAAGUGCAAAAUGUCAUCAAGUUAUUUCGUCGUUAACAGUGGCUUGAGGAUUCCCGAGGUUUACCGAGUCGAGUUCGACGGACAAAACAUAUAAAAGAAAUGCCACCCAGUAUACGAACACAUGCGGAUGAAUGGAAAACAAUACUUGACUUUGGAGUAUGUAAUAUUGAAAUAAUCAUUACAUAACUUUAGGGUUAUUUACAAUAUUCCUACAUAUUCUACGGGUACUAUAGUAGUGAUACUCUAGUACAACGAGGCCCUUUCAAGUAUCGAGUACCCCUGGCUUAUUUUAUAGUCAAUCUGUUUAUCCUGGGGUUCAGUUUAUUUAUGAUCCUUAAAAAGUAAGUUUUCUUAAUAGUAAUUACACUUAAAAGGGAGUUUUUACAACUUGAAGGAUGCCCCGGACAUUUCCAAACGACCACCUCAGGCUCUUUUCGUAUUUUGCAUAGUUGUUGUACUAGAAUAGCUAAACAUCGGCACGAACUGUUAGUCUCGGAAAUUACCGUAUACUGGGGUUACGGCAGAUACAAUUUUCAGAAAAAUUGGGUUCGUGUUUAAAAAUCCCAAAGAGUAAAAGGACAAAACCUCGCUGUUUUACGUUCUCGACCAUGAGGAACCUUUUCAUAAAUGACAUGGCCGUAGGAUGUAGCCUUCGAAUAUUUCGAAAAAUACCAAGGUAUAGUAUUAUACUAUUUUGAAUAACUUUUUUGCAGAGACCUUGUCUCAACCUUUGAAACCUCGUAAAAAUACUUUGACAUAGAUGUAACAACAUAUCAAAAAUGCGCGAAAAGAUGUUUUUGAAAGGUUUCGAAAGUUGAGACAAUUUAAAUGCCGAAAAGUUAUGAUCAAUAUGGUACCUUGGUCAUUUUCCAAGAAGUCGAAGGCUACAUCCUAGGGCAAUGUCAAUUAUGAAAAUGUUCCUCAUGGUCGAGAACGUAAAACAGCGAGGUUUUGCCCUUCUACUCCUUGGGGUUUUUGCACACGAACCCAAUCUUUUUGAAAAUUGUAUCUACCGUAACCCCCGUAUACGGUUAUUUCUGGAACUAAAAAAUUUUGCUGAUGUUUAGCUAUUCUAUACAAUAACCAUUCAACACAUCAAAAGAUUCUGAGACAGUCGUUUUCUGGAAAUGUCCCGCCCUUGUUAUGAAAAUGUUCAAUCUGUAAAAAAUUCCUUUUUAAACAGGAUGGCUGCCAAUGCCCGAGCAAGUAAAUUACAAGGCGGGAAAGUAAAUCAGUAUCCAUUUACUUGGAAAGUUGUAAAUGGAUGGGACUUUUCGAUUGGAAACCCGGAAACGGCGGUAUCUUUAUACAAGGCAAAUGUAACAAAAUUAAAAGAAGCCAUGGAGGAAUACAACCAGAAGGCACAGAAGAAAAUGAAGUGAGUUUACUCAAACUUUGAGCCAACUUUAUUUUAGUUUCACUCGAAUACUUAUACUGGUCUCGUCGAAUCUCGGAAUCACGGCCCUUUGUGCCUUGGCCGGAUUCUGUAUUUGGAAAGCGAGUCAGAUUACGGACAAGAAUACAAUUAUCAAGCAAGUAAGUCUAUAAAUCUUAAUAUGACUUCUAUUAAUUAAAGAAUGCUGUAUCCAUCAUCGUAUCACUGGCGACCCUGGUCCUACCUAAUGUAUUCGAAUUAAUAGGUCAUGUGGAACAUUUUCAUCCCCGAAAAGCAUUACGAAUACAUCUAGCAAGGUAAGUAAUCGGUAAUGCUUCAGUAGUCAUCUUUGCAGGGUGUUUUUUCUGUACAUCAUUGCCUAUUAUUCCCUAUUUGCUUCCCUAUUUUACAAACUGAACUCGCUCCAAGCCCAAUCGAAUAUUCUGGAUGAAACAGCCAUCCAAUCAUCGAAGCCAUUCAGUAUUGUCUACAACCCGAUGACUGAAAAAAACCAAUAUGAGGUUGUUAGUCCCAUACAAUCAGAAUCCGAACGCUUUGUGAGAGAAGCCAGAAGAAAGAAAUGGAGGAAGAAAGAGGUUGCCGAGACGGAGACGGUCUUCUCCUUGCCCGGGACCCUAACUACAUCUGCACCCAUCUCAGCUGUUUCACCAUGGACUACAGUAUUCCCAAACUACGGUCCUUUCGGUGUUGGGCUUUACAAUCCGAAAGCCAUUGUUGUAACAGACUUAAAAGGCCAAAAAACACACAAAACAAUAUAUGAAAGUAGACCCAUAGGUCAAUCUGAGGAUUGGAAAGGAGGAGAAACACAAUCUUUGCAUUACGCAAACUCACCAAGAAAUCGAUUCGAAUGGAGAUACAGUAAAUACAAAGGAGAUAUAUGUUGGGAGACAAUUAUGGGGCAAGAGAUCACCAAAUUAGUCAUCACCGAUCUGAUUAUGACUAUUAUUAUAAUCAUGGUCAUCGACUUCCUGAGAGGUUUAUGGGUCAGAUAUUGCAAUUCAUUUUGGUGUUGGAAUUUGGAAGAGCAAUUCGUAAGUAUUAGCAAAACAUAGUAUAUCAUAUUUUGAACUCAGCCUGAAUAUGGAGAAUUUAAAAUCUCAGAGAAUGUGUUACACUUGAUAAAAGAUCAGACUCUGGUCUGGCUUGGAACAAUCUUUGUUCCCCUAUUGCCAUUAAUCAACAUUAUGAAGUUGAUAAUCAUCAUGUAUAUCAGAGGAUGGGCAGUCAUGACUUGUAAUGUCCCGGCCAAGCAAAUCUUCAGAGCUUCCAGAUCCAACAACUUCUUCUUAAUCCUUUUAUUGGUGAUGUUUCUGGUGUCCACAAUUCCAGUUGGUUAUGUCAUCGCAUCCAUCCGCCCAUCUAGAAGUUGUGGUCCUUUUGCGUAAGUGCCGAAUCCAUUAUAUUUAAUGUCAUGUUUCAGCGGUCUUGAUCAUUUCUAUGACGUCAUUGGAGCAGCCCUUAGGAACAACCUCAACAAAAACGUGGUCGGAGCCAUUGAGAGUGUAAUGUCCCCUGGCAUCAUUGUCCCCGUAUUGCUGUUCUUGUUGUAAGUUGAACAGAUCACUCAGAAAAUUUCUCCUAGACUUGUCAUUUACUUCAUGUUCUCCUUGAUCAGAGGUCUUAAAGAGGCCAAUCAUGAGCUGUCUGAACAAUUGACGCAAGAGAGAACCGAAGAGAAAAAAAAGAUUUUCAAGUUAGCUGGAGGCAAAAGAAAGAGAGAAACCAAUGGACUUCAGAGACAAAGCAGCGAGAAGUCGCCCGUUUCUCCAACUGGAGAAAGAGUCAGUCUUCGGAGCAAUGGAACGACAAAGGUACAAACAACAAUUGAUAUUACUCUCUUCCUUUUAGUCAUUCCAAUUUGAGGAUCCAAAAGAAAAGCAUUCCUUAUCCAAAUCUCCUGUCAGAACUCCGUUCCUCCCAUCCCUACAGUAAGUAACUAGAGGGAGUUAAAAAAAUGUCAUCUAGGAGUGUUCAUGAAGAUGAUGGUGCAGAAGAUGAAGAGGAACCUACGCCUAAUAAGAAGCUCUUGAAGAAGGAUUCCACUCAGAGCUCAAGUGAUCCCAUAGAUAACGAACCUCCAGACGAUCUACCCGAGAUAAAAUUGAACUGGAAAGACAAACUCAUGAUCUGGAUUGGGAUCUCUGAUCGCGAUAAAAUCGAAGCAAGAUAUCGAAUGAGACAAUUGGCGCUAGCUUAUAAGCAAGAAAGAUACGAUAAAUACCAAUCAGAAGAAAGGGAAUCUGGACAAGAUUCAGAUAAAACAAAGUCUGACAAACAGAAUGAGACAUUGGAAGAAGCCGAAUACUCGCAGUCCACCAAUGAGGAAUAUUCGGAAGAGCCUUCAACUCAAGAAAAGAAUGUGCGCUGGCCUCAGGGCAGAUCCCGGAAGUCUCCUUGGCCCAGCAAUGCCCAAUUCAGCCAAGAAGACCCACGAGAUGUGACGAUAAUAAACAAGUAAAUAACAAUACUUUUUAUAACGCUGAACAGCUGAUUGUGUCGCAAAAGCAUAUCUAAUUUCAGCGGACGCGAAUCGCUUCAGCCAGGCCCCUCAAGGCAGAGCUCAAUGACUCCUAAGAAAAGAGCGCCCUCCAGGUAUUUCCUAUUACAUGUCCUUUUUAUUAUGUUGUUGUAGUCAAAAGUCGACACCAUGGCUGACGACACCAGAAUCGGCAAAAAGAAGUCAUUCUAUGAAUGAUCAGAGAUUACUUUCACCGUAAGUACUACAACACUAAAAUUACUUUUGAAGACCGUAUGAAAGGGAUUUGGCAUCAGAAGCGUCUCCAUUACUCGAAAGGAGAAACGAGAGCCUAAGGGAUGCAGACAGCAGACUGACUCCCUUCAAAAGAUCUCCACCAUCAGCAAUUCCGAGAAAAGCAUACAACGCUGGCUCAUUUGAUUACACCGGAGAAAGAACACCUGGCAUUUAUCAUGGCCAACAAGCCCGAGAAGAAGGACUUUGGGAUAGUGAUCUAAAGUAAGAAAGCCGACUAUGGUUUUAUGUAAUGCGCAUUUAGUGGUAAACUGGUAACAAGCACAGAUGAUCCGACGCGACCUCCUUCCGAAGAAGGCUCGUUCCGAGACCCAACACCAUCCAUAAAUGAGACCAGCGGAUUGCCCGAUGAUCUACUCAGCUAUGCUAACCCUUACAGCAGGUAACAUCCCGUUUUCGGAACUCAAUCUCAUAAUUGUCUUUUCAGUUACGCAGCUGCAAUGGCAUCUCCGGUAAUGGCGGAAGGUCUUUUGCCGUGCCCAGAGCCAUACCCAGCAUCAAUUCCACAGUCAAAUUAUCCCACUGCCCCUCCUAUUUUCCCUCACAUUCCGAUGAUCUCCUACCCCGACUGUCGUCCCUAUUCCACUCUCCAACCGGUCGAUUAUCGUCGAUUUACUCCAAACAGAAUCAUCCCACCACAACCACUGCCAAUUACUGGAUACAGCGGCUAUCCUUCUUAUCCCGGAUAUGGAACUCCAACUUCAUACCACUCUGUAACACCGGUAUCUCAGACACGAUCGGCAAGACAAGGAAGCGUACAUUCACAGCCAUUCACACCUUCACCUAUGAUGGACGCUUAUUAUCCUGCGUAAGCAUAUUUGGUUAUAUAAAAUAUUACUUUACCUACAGCCAAACUUUCACUCCAACCAGAACUCCCCAAAUUCAUCCAACUUCUCAACAAUCUUUUGUGACCCCAGAGUUCAUCCCCAAUUACAUCGAUGGUCGCAAUAGCUCACCUUCUGGAGGAUAUCAGAGUGGUAGUCCAAUUGUUGUAAGUUUAUAUUGUACACGACAUUAUCCGUUUAGGAGAGUCGAAAACCCAGAUUCAGAAUCUCGUCUUCUCCGCCACAUCGUCAACAAGCGGUAAGUCUGCAAUUUCACGAACAUUUUAAUUUCCGAAUGCAUUCGGAAACUUUCGAAAAAAGAGUCUCUAAAAAUGUACUAAAUGUAAAUAUCGAUUCGAUUGAUUGACGCUUUGCAAACUCUGGAAAACGAACAAUUAUUUAUUUUAGGCAUACUUAUCGGAGCCGGAUAGUGGAAGAGGGAGUGGAUCUGGCGGGGAUAUGGCCGUGCGGAGAUACGAAAUACGACAGCGAUCCCUUAAAGGUCAGCAAGGGGCGUCGACGACGACAGAUGACUCGACUUCGCCCGAACGAAGUCCUACCCGACAAAGUGUUCCGAAUGCAACACAUCAAACUACAGUGUGA